GGAAGGAGAUAAGAAUCCCUUUUCUGAAUAAAUGUGGAUUACGCGUGUUCGACUAAUCGAGUUAAUUUCGUCAAUUGCGUAGUUAGCUAAGUAAAUCGUCUAGAUAUCCCCUGGAGAAAGCCAGGGUAAAGUAAUUUCACAAUGAUACUAUAAUUUUUUUAUUUAUAUCUUGCUUCGUACGAAGUGGAGUGCACCUAUAGGUCUAUCUGCCAGGUUUCCAACUUCCUAAAGUAUAUCUGACUGGACUACAACACGGAAGUAGGAUCGGAAUAACAGCAAACGGCUGAAUUACUUAGUUAUGAUUUAGUACAAUCUUCGUUGCGUAAAGACCCUGACUAACUGAAACAAUUUAGCUUCUUAAAUUGAAUUCGACUUGAAAUGUCGACAUUACAGUUGCUGCGUGUGUUUCUAAAUGAUCGUUUGACAGCGGCUGCGGUGGAGAUUUUUGGUGCAGUGGAGAAAAUGGUAGUAGAGUACCAGAAGGAAAAUGACCGGCUACAGAGACUUCUGCAGGUCACACCGGAGAUACACAUAAAAGAACCCCUGGUACUCUCUCCUGCUGUUUUGGAAGAUGUUCCAGUGGAGCAGCAGAACUAUGAGCAGGAGUGGAGCCACAGUCUGGAGCUGGAGAACCCAGAACACCCACAGAUUAAAGAGGAACAGCAGGAACUCUGGACCAGCCAGCAGGAAGAGCAGCUUCAAGGCCUGGAGGCAGAUGUUCUACAGUUUAAAGUCAAUCCUUCCUGUGUGAAAAGUGACUUUGAUCACGAGAACCCUUUUGGGUCCAUGACUUUUGCUCAAAGCCAGAAUGUGGAGGACAGAGAGAGGGACUCUAAACCGGUGGAUCUCAAACAUUUUGACGCUGCGGUCCACCUCAGUGGGUCGGACAUCUCCGGUGACCCUCCUCCAGAUCGUCAGAAUGACGCCACCAGCCAGAGCUCAGCAGUAACCGUAGGCCUAGAAGGACUCUACAGCACCCCCUGGCACCCCAACCCCCCAAUGGGGGAACACUAUACCCUACCCAGUACCUCGCCUUUCAAAACCCACUGCUGCCGUGACUGUGGUGAGUCGUUCGCUCUGACCUCUGACCUGCAGAGGCAUGUGACUCUCUCCAGGUUUAGAGUCAGUGAAUGUAGCUUCUGCAAGCAGAAGUUCAAAUCCACCUGUAAACUGAAGGCCCAUGUCCAACUCUGUCACAUACAGAAACUCUGCUCCUGCCCUUUCUGUGACAAGACCUUCAAAUGGAAAGGGGUUCUGUCCAGGCACAUGAGGAUUCACACAGGAGAAAAACCAUUUAGCUGCAGUGACUGUGGGAAAAGCUUCAAUCACUCACAGACCCUAAAGCAGCAUAAACUGACUCACACAGGAGAGAAACCGUUUCGCUGUAGUGACUGUGGGAAAAGCUUCAAUCGCAAGGAGAACCUAACCACACACAUACGGACUCACACAGGAGAGAAACCAUUCAGCUGUGGUGACUGUGGGAAAAGCUUCAAUCGCAAGGAGAUCCUAACCACACAUAUACGGACUCACACAGGAGAGAAACCAUUCAGCUGUGGUGUCUGUGGACAAAGCUUCAACAUCAAGAGGAACCUCACUGCCCACAAACUGACUCACACAGGAGAGAAACCACAUGGCUGUUCAGUCUGUGCUAAAACAUUCAUUCGUAAAGAUCAGCUUCUGAGACAUGUGAAUAACUGCCACAAGGAUAGCAACCAGGACAAAAUAUGAAAGACAGGAGUAAAAUGUGGACAAUAGUGAAGAAAAGCAACAAUAUUUUGUUCAUGAUGUUUUCCCGACUGGGUCCUGGUUUCAGUUACAUUGUCAGAUAUAAAUGCAUUACUUCUAUGAAGUUUAUAAAUAGAUUUAUGGUUUAAAACACUGAAGUUUGACACAGCUGUUGCUUGGAGGAAAUAACUGGAAGAUGUGGGCAUGUCACCUCUACGCUGAGUGGCCACAUUUGGCUACAGAGGUUAUGCACUACUGACGUGCAGUCAGCAAUUAAUUCUUUUUGAACAACUCUUUUCACUGACUCAAGAACAACUCUUUUCACUGACUCAAGAUUUGUUCAUUUGAACUGUUGGCAGCGAAUUUCAACAACAUUAUCAAUGGUUUCAAUACGCAGGCCUCCAGCUCAGUAGUCUCACCAACAGCGGUUUACAUUUGCAGAGAACUAUCUCAAGUGGCAGCAUUUUAAAGACAUGUUUAUAAGUGAUAUUUGUAUGCAGGAUACAAUAAUGAAUGUAGUUUGUUGAUUAUUAAUGUUAUGCAGAGAUCUAUAACAUAAACCAAGCUUUUAACUUGAAUAACAAACACGUCAAACACCAAUCAUGUUACUCAAGGUAAAUUUACUAAAAACAAUAAAAUGUUAUUCCAAAACAAUGUUCAUAUGUAUUCAAUCCACAUUUUCCUGAGUUUAUGUCCCUUGUUUUAGUAAGUAACAGUACAAUUUAAUUUGCCUCCUUCAAGUUUCUGUAGUCCAGGGUUCGAGCCCCGGUCACGCCACUGACGUUUGUGGGCGGGGGGUCCGGCAGGGCGGUGCAUACUGGACUGGCAUCGCCCGGGGGAGGUAAUCGGCAUAGAGUAUUUCCUUGUGCCACCAUGUUCCAGCAACAUCUCUGGUGGGACGGGUGCCUCUAACCUGGUCAUUCAUAAGGUCACAUUGGGUCACACUGGUCCAGGAAGGGCUGAAGCAAGGACAUCACACACUCAUCUUGGCGUUGCAAUUUGUCCAUGAACUCUCUGGUGGCCAUGAUAGAGCCAUUCAUGCCCCAGGCCCACACCAUCUGUUGGGCAACGUCGCAGUGAUCUUCAAGCCCCUCCAGGGUACUUUUUGAAAUGUGCGACCUCUCCUUUGUGGUCAUCAUCAGUGACUUCAGCUUCUUCAUUUGUUUGUUUGUCAGCUGCUCCAAUAUGCUGCAAAGACUCUCAAUCCACUGACUCUCAGUGAGUUUCUGGACUGAAACUUUAGCUGCAAGGUGAGGAAACGAGAUAUAAACAGUGGCCAGUGUAACAUCCUAGACACAAUAGCAAAUAAUGGCUAUGGGUUAAGUCAGAUACCAUGUUGUAAUAUUGCACCUCAAGGCAAAACAUUUAGUUCACUUUAUUGCUAACCAGACAACCAUAAAAAUGUUAACUCUGUUUAUCGAUCAUCAGCUGUAAACUAUCUGGGCCAUAGUUUCUUUGUAUUCCACUUCUGAAGGAAUGCAUUUUAUAAACUAGCCAACGUCUAGGUUUUGGUACCGUACAUGCUGACGAUGAUUUGUGUAAUCUGACUCACUGAUCAGUGGACAGCGGUUACCUGAUUUAGUUUUGAGAAUCACCAAGCGAGACCAGCGGAUCAGUGCCUUCAGUCCUGUUCUCUCCUGGAUCUUCAAAUGAAGUUCUGUGAUGUCAUGGUUCAAGAAGACCUCAAAUGUGGCAUGGUGAUCGUUGCUACUAUCAAAGUGCAAAAUGUAUUUCUGUAAAAAAAUAAAGUGUGUGUACACACACACAUUCAAAA